AUGCUCUCAAUUUCUAUAGUAAAAACUCUGCUAUAUCGAACACAAAUUCGUUUUACAUCAUCAUCAUCAUCGAUUGAUAUUGCAGAUUUUAUUCGUGGAAUGUCUUCAGCAAAAAAGUUAAAAACUGAAUCUUCAUCAUCAUCAACAAAUAAACCUCGACAUGUUCGAAUGAAAGAACGUGGUCGUGAUCCAGGUUUAACAUCACGUAUUAAUUUACAAAUUAUUUCAAAUGGUUAUGCUGAUACAAGUAAAUCACUUAUAUUAAAUAAUGAUCAAACAAAUUAUAUAUUCAAUUGUGGUGAAGGUACACAACGUACUUUACAAGAAAAAAAUACAGCAUGGGAAAUAAAAUUUUCUAAAACUAAACAUUUAUUUAUGACAAGAAAAUCUUGGGAUACAAUGGGUGGUUUAUUAGGUGUUUGUAUUAGUUUAAAAGAUGCUUAUUUAAAUGAAAUUACAUUUCAUGCACCAUGUGAUGUGAUUAGUUUAUUAAAACAUUGGAAAGGUUUAGAAGCUUUUCCAAAUGUUACACUUGAACAACAUGAUUAUGAUAAAGGUGAAUUUAAAGAUGAUUGUUUUAAAAUUAAUGCUAUACCAUUACGAGUAAAUAAUAAUAUUUCAAAUCUUGAUAGAAAAUCAGAACGUUUGACAACAUCAAAUGAUUUAACUUCAAUGAAAAAAUUUUCUGAUGAUCUUGUUUAUGCUUAUCUUUGCGAAACACAUCCAUUUCCAGCUACUCUAUCUGCAGAAUUAUGUGCUUUUCAUAAAGUACCACCUACUGAACUUCGAUCUCGAUUAAAAAAUGGUGAAGAUGUUACAUUACCAGAUGGUCGUAUUAUUCAUUCAAAAGAUGUGACUCUAUCUGGUGAACCACCUGUUAAAGUUUUAAUACUCGAUUGUCCUUCAUUGGCUUAUCUUGAUUCAAUAAAUAAAAGUGAAUUAAAUUCUCAUUCAUAUCAUGUAAUUGUUCAUCUUGCACCAAGUACAAUCUUAAACGAUGAAACAUAUCGUACAUGGAUGAAAAGUAUGAAUACAACACAUCAUUUAUUACUUGAUGAAACACAAAAAAAUGUUCAUAUGGAAGCUAUUUAUCGUUAUCAAACACAAUUAAAUUAUAUUGAUGAUGGAAUAUUUCCGUUACUUAGUUAUCAUAAUAUUUUAAAAGAAGAUUUAAAAAUUCCCGAACCUAUAGAUAAUAUUAGUUAUGGUUUUACAAGUACUCGUAUACCAAUACGUCCAACUUUAGGACCAGAUAAUACAAAAUUAGUUACUCUUCAACCACAAAAUUAUAUCGAUAUAUUACUUGCAAAUGAAGAAUUUAAACAAACAUUUACAGCAGCUAAACAACAAUUACAAGCUAUGCAUGAAAUUGCUAAAACAGGACAUUCAUAUCCUGAAAUUAUUUUUCUUGGUACUGGUUCAGCUUGUCCAAGUAAACCACGAAAUACUAGUGGCAUCCUAAUUCAUAUAAAUGAUGCAAAUAUAUUUCUUCUCGAAUGUGCAGAAGGUACAACUGGUCAAAUUCGUCAUUUUUAUGGUGAUCAAUCAGAUGAAAUUCUUUCACAUAUUCGUUUUGCAUAUAUAUCACAUAUGCAUGCAGAUCAUCUCGGAGGUUUAUAUGGUUUAAUACGACAACGUCGACGUGCAUAUGAAAAUCUUGGACAUAAAUAUGAAAAAUUAAUAUUACUUUGUCCAAAUAAAUAUGUUGAUGUUGGUCGAAAACAAUGGAAUUAUUUUUCAGAUGAACAUUUAUUUGAUGAUGAUGUUCAUAUUGUUUUUAAUCGUAUAUUAACAAAUGGUUUACCAACAUUAACACAUGUUGGAGGUGAAAAUACCGAAGAAGAAAUAUUUCUUUUUGAUAAAUUUAAAUCAAUUGGAUUACAUGGUGUACAAACAGUACUUGUUGAACAUAUUUAUGAUGCACAUGCAUUAGUUCUUAGACAUAUUGAUGGAUGGUCAUUAGCAUUUAGUGGUGAUUGUAAACAAUCAAGUGAUUUUAUUCAAGCAGGUCAAAAUGUUGAUGUUCUUAUUCAUGAAUCAACAUUUGAAACAGGUUUAGAAGUUUAUGCUUCACAAAUGCGUCAUUGUACAAUGGCUCAAGCUAUUGAUGUUGGUCGUCGAAUGAAUGCUAAAUAUACAAUUUUAUGGCAUUUUUCACAACGUUAUGCAAAAAUUCCAUUUUUAUCUAAAACAAAAACAGAUGAUGAAAGUCAAAAAGAUGAAAAACAAGAACAAAAAUUUGAUAAUGUUUGUAUUUCAUUUGAUUUUAUGCGUAUUCAUUUAUCAGAUUUACCACGUGCAUGUGAACUUGUUCCUAUAUUUGAAAGUAUGUUCUAUGAUGAAUGGUUAAAUAUGAAAAAAAAACAAACAAGACGUGAACAAGAACCAGAUUAUUUUACUAAGAAUACAAGAAUGAUUGAAUCAAAAAGAAAAUUUAUGAGUGGUAGAACAUCACCAUCAAAUAAAAAUGUAACACAAUUUGAUCCAAAUACUAAUCGUAAUAUUGCUUCAUCACGACAAUAA